CAAGCAAUUUCAUUAUAACCAAACUUGCCUGCUGCCCUCUAGCUAGCUAGGCGCUAAUUCUCUCCGGCCUCUCUCCUCCGUGAAGAAACCGCAGAGGCAGAUAGAUAGAAGAGGAUAUUCUUUCGUGUCACAUGCAUUCUUAGUUUUUCUGAUCUGUAGUGCCUUGCUUUGAGGUCUAUCUAGGGUGAGUACGUUUGAGUAUAUUCUAAACUGGAUAUCUCAAACUUCUAUCUUCCGUGGUCAUGAAGCCAGUGGGUCUGCUUCUGCCGCAGAAUUGCUAUGAUCGAUUCCACUAACAGUCCACCAGCUCGAUCUCUCACUUAUUACCUUGGCGUAACUCAGAAGCAAAAAUCACAGCAAUUCAACCAAAAAAGCUAGCUAACUGCUCGUACGAAAUAAAACAUUCGUGUUCUUUUCGCAAAGCUAGACAGCCCUUUAUAACCGAUCCAGAUCAGUAUUUUACAGAUUCACAUAAAUUGAGCUUUCUCGAUCUGUCCCUCUGAUCACUCACACGUACAGAGAGAGAAACAGAAAAAUAAUACAAGAAGUAGAGCAAUGGACGGCAGGCUCUCAACCGCUACCAUACUUCCCGACACGUUCCAAGGCGCCCGCGAUAUUGACAUUACAGCUCAAAUUGGAUUGAUUUGGCAACAAGUCAAAGCACCACUGAUUGUGCCGCUGCUGAAACUAUCAUUGGCUGUGUGCUUGGCCAUGUCGAUAAUGCUGUUCUUAGAGCGAGUUUACAUGGGCAUCGUCAUUGUUUUUGUGAAGUUGUUUGGACAAAAGCCGGAGAAGCGUUACAAAUGGGAGCCUUUCAGGGACGAUGUGGAGCUUGGCCAUUCAGCUUACCCCAUGGUUUUGAUUCAAAUUCCUAUGUACAAUGAGAAAGAGGUGUAUCAGCUGUCCAUUGGAGCUGCAUCUGGGCUUUCUUGGCCAUCUGAUCGGAUAAUAAUUCAGGUUCUUGACGAUUCAACUGACCCAGCCAUCAAGGACCUGGUAGAACUAGAAUGCCAAAGAUGGGCAAGCAAAGGCAUAAACAUCAAGUACGAGAUCAGAGACAACAGAAAUGGGUACAAAGCAGGGGCUCUUAGAGAAGGCAUGAAGCACGGCUACGUCAAAAUGUGCGACUACGUCGCUAUCUUUGAUGCUGAUUUCCAACCUGAGCCUGAUUUUCUAUGGCGUACAAUACCUUUUCUUGCUCACAACCCAGAAAUAGCUCUUGUUCAAGCUCGCUGGAAAUUCGUUAAUGCUAACGAAUGCUUGAUGACAAGGAUGCAAGAGAUGUCCCUGGAUUACCAUUUCACAGUGGAGCAAGAAGUGGGGUCCUCAACAUAUGCCUUCUUCGGUUUCAAUGGGACGGCUGGUGUCUGGAGAAUUUCAGCGCUAAAUGAAGCUGGAGGAUGGAAGGACCGCACCACAGUGGAGGAUAUGGAUUUGGCAGUCCGAGCUACCCUUAAAGGCUGGAAAUUUGUAUAUGUUAGUGACCUCGAGGUGAAAAGUGAAUUGCCUAGUUCUUUGAAAGCCUUUCGUUAUCAGCAGCACCGAUGGUCUUGUGGCCCUGCUAAUCUCUUCCGAAAAAUGGCCAUGGAAAUUAUAAGAAACAAGAAAGUCUCACUGUGGAAGAAGUUUUACGUUAUCUACAGCUUUUUCUUUGUCCGUAAGAUCGUAGGUCAUAUUGUCACAUUCGUCUUUUACUGUGUCGUUUUGCCGGCAACAGUCUUGGUUCCUGAAGUGGAAGUUCCCAAGUGGGGUGCUGUCUACAUUCCUUCUAUCAUUACUCUCCUCAAUGCGGUUGGAACUCCAAGAUCAUUCCACCUACUGAUCUUCUGGAUCCUCUUCGAGAAUGUCAUGUCACUGCACCGGACUAAGGCAACAUUAAUAGGUCUGCUUGAGGCAGGGAAAGUAAAUGAAUGGGUUGUCACUGAGAAAUUGGGAGAUGCUCUGAAGGCAAAAUUAGGAACCAAAGCUCCCAGGAAACUGCGCUUCAAGCUUGGAGGAAGGAUCCAUUUGCUAGAGCUUGGUGUCGGAGCCUAUCUCUUCUUCUGCGGGUGCUAUGAUAUUACCUUUGAUGGGAAGAACCGCUACUUCAUAUACCUAUUUCUCCAAUCCAUUGCCUUCUUCAUUGUAGGGGUUGGUUAUGUUGGCACCUUUGUCCCCAACUCGUAGCCGCAACUCGUUUGGCAAAGAAUAAUCAAUCUCAAGUCUAUUUAUUUUGUUCUCCCCAACAAAAGAUGAAAACACGGUUCUUCUGGGGCUUCUUUAUUCAGAAAGUUUCUGUUUCAGAUUAUUAAAACAAAGACUGGUCAUUCUUUGAUUGGAGAAUUAUUGAUACAAAAAUUACAUACUUGUGGGUGUAGUCAAAACAAAGUUGUAUAAGUGUAAUUCAAGGUACAUUUU